GUCUGGAAUUCCGUUUCCGCUUUAGGGAGUGGACGGUGAUUUUUUUUUCCUAUUUACGAACCAACUUUUAUUCCCACGGCAACUCAGAUAGUUUUAAGCUAACUUUUCCUGGAUAUUUAAACAUCGUAACGACGAUGGCCUCCUCACCACAGAAGUCCCCUUCCUCUCCGAAAUCUCCGACACCCAAAUCCCCGUCUUCCAGAAAGAAAGACGACUCUUUUCUGGGAAAACUUGGUGGAACUUUGGCGAGAAGGAAAAAGGCAAAAGAAGUGUCUGAGCUUCAGGAAGAGGGGAUCAAUGCCAUCAACCUUCCUCUUAGCCCUUCUCACUAUGAGCUGGACCCUGAGGACACCAUGCUGGAGGAGAAUGAAGUGCGCACCAUGGUGGACCCAAACUCUAAGAAUGACCGCAAGCUGCAGGAGCUCAUGAAGGUGUUGAUCGACUGGAUAAAUGAUGUUCUGGUGGGGGAGCGGAUCAUUGUGAAGGAUCUGGCUGAAGAUCUGUAUGAUGGGCAGGUUCUGCAGAAACUAUUUGAAAAGCUUGAAGGUGAGAAGCUCAACGUGGCGGAGGUCACCCAGUCAGAGAUCGCCCAGAAACAGAAGCUGCAGACUGUUUUAGAACGCAUCAACGACUCGCUCAAACUCUCCACCAGAAACAUUCGCUGGAAUGUUGACUCGGUUCAUGCCAAGAGUAUAGUUGCCAUCCUGCACCUGCUGGUGGCGCUGUCACAACACUUCAGAGCACCAAUCAGAUUGCCAGAUCACGUUUCUAUCCAAGUAGUGGUCGUCCAGAAAAGAGAGGGCAUUCUUCAAUCCAGACAAAUUCAAGAGGAAAUCACUGGCAACACAGAAGCUUUCUCUGGCAGACAUGAGCGCGACGCCUUCGACACCCUCUUCGACCACGCUCCAGAUAAGCUCAAUGUCGUCAAAAAGACACUGAUCACAUUUGUGAACAAGCAUCUGAACAAGCUCAACCUAGAGGUGUCUGAGUUGGACACACAGUUUGCAGACGGUGUAUAUCUGGUGCUGCUGAUGGGGCUGCUGGAGGGAUACUUUGUGCCACUCUACAACUUCUUCCUCACGCCAGAAAACUUCGACCAAAAGGUGCAUAAUGUGUCUUUCUCCUUUGAGCUGAUGCAGGACGGAGGUCUGGAGAGACCAAAGCCCCGGCCAGAAGAUAUAGUGAACUGUGACCUUAAAUCAACCCUGCGUGUCCUCUACAACCUCUUCACCAGGUACAGGAACGUAGACUGAGCGCCACGUUGUAGCAAGAGGGAACACUUUUUUAACCACGGACCACACGCUAAAGCUUCAAACAUUUUCAUUCUAAUCAUUUUAGAAAUGUGUUGUUUUUGUAGGAAUGCAUGCGUCACAUUUAGUUCCCGCUGGAUAAUGUACCGCACAUAAGUCUUAAACUUGUUUCAUACAUUGUUCAUGUCACCAGCCUAAAUGUUUGGCUUUUAUUGUAACCCAGGCAUUGCAACAAAACCCUACAGACAUAUAUUGAUGAAAUAAGAUAGCUAAUGUUUAUCUUGACUCAUAAAGAUCAUUCUAUAACUUCUUUUUGUAUAGCUAUCACGAAGGGCAAAUUUUUAGACAAACAUUUGUAUCUUUUAAUUACAGAGA